AUAUUUUAUAAAUUUAAAGCUAGUUCAAUAUCAUUAUGGCACUUGCUCAGAGCAAUUUAGUCAAUCAAGAAUUCUCUACCAAACAAGCACUUUUCGAAGUUAGCAAGUCCACGGCGACUACGGACCAAUCGCAAUCUAUCCAAGAAGAAUCCACCAUCAAUGAGAUCCUUCCUUCGGAAAUGCUCGAGCACGUGUUCGGCUUCCUUCCGCUGCACGAUCGCAAAUCCGUCUCGCUGGUUUGCCGCACGUGGUGCGCACUGGCCUUUUCCAGACGCUUCAUGCGCCACGUGACACUCCGUCUCGUGGACUGGGAGAACUUCCGGGCCAGCAAGUACGAUGUUCUGAGGAGCAGUGCGAGGCGUUAUCGCCACAUUAUGGCGUUCUUUGGACCGAAAGAGUGCCCGGAGGCGCAGUUUGAGCUGCUGUUGAACUUGGUGGAUCGUUUCGGAUGCGAGUUGGACAGCUUGUUCUGUCUGACAAUGUUCAAGGCGAAACAGUUGCAGCAGAUCGUAGAGAAGACGCCGAACGUGCAACAGUUGGUUGUGGGUCUCUCGAGUGUCGAAGGGAAUUCUGAACGGUCGUUUCCGGUAUUGCGCCGUUUGAAAGAUUUGGGAUCGCUGAACCACAUGUUACAAUGUCCAGCAUUGGACGUCCCUAGAUUUGCGCCGAACCUUGAACAACUUACGGUCAACUUUACCAGCUCGGAGAACAUCGGUCAAUCGAUAGAAGCGUUGAAAAAGUUUGGUCCUCAGCUGAAAUCUUUGGAGAUGUUUGCAUCCGACUACUACUUCGAGAUAAAUGAAUUACGAUUUCCUAAGCUGAAGAUACUUAAGUUGUCUGGUAAGAUUGUUGAAACGUCGGUGACUGCGCAGAAGAAUUUCUUCAAGCAAUUCACGAAUUUGAGGGAAGCUUCGUUUGAUUGCAACAUCCAGGAUGUUGUACUGGACACUUUGACGAGGGCCUGCCCAGAACUGAAGAUUCUUCAUAUGAAAUCAACUGAGCUGAGUGAAAAAUCUCUGUGUUAUUUAAACCGUCUUAAAUGUUUAAAGCUUCUAGGAAUAUCCGGAAAGCUAAACUCCAACCUCCUAACCGACUGCAAGCCACUGCCCACCGUGGAAACGUUCCACCUGCACAUGUACGAAUCGGACAACGAUCAGGCGAUCUUCCAGCGGUUCACCCAACUACUGCCAAACACCAAGCAGCUCAAAAUAACCUUCGACGAGAAGUUCACGAUCCGCAAUACCCUGCUGUCCGCUUGUAAGCCCUUCACCAAGCUUCAAAGGUUGGAAAUUGCCGAUCGCUCGUACCGGAUGGCCAACGCGGAACCGAGUGCCGACAACGCGCUACAAGUGCUAAAACAGCUGGACGAACUGGUGCUCAACAGCUUGGACGUCCCGGUGGCUUACCUGCAUCCGAGUGGUACGCUGAAGCGACUCCGGCUCAAGUUUAUCGUCGGUAUGACCGACCGGGAGCUGCUGGACGUGGUGCGGAAAUUUCCGAACCUGCACUACCUGGAGGUCGCUUGCUGUCGACGGAUCACUGAUGAUGGGAUUCGGGCGGUACGGGACAUUGUGCCGAGCUGUGUGGUGCAUCAUUUUAUGUGAUUUUAGGGGGUUUCUUUGAAAUUAUAUAUAUAUAUAUAUUGAUUGCAAAUUUUGUUUAGGCGAUUGGUGUAUUAAUUUAAAACAAGUUGUGAUAUUUUCCUAUAAUUAUAAA